AUGACAUCCACCUAUAUAACGGAAAUUAGGAAGAAGCAGAGGGACUAUCUAAGUUGCCUAUUCAGCAAGUUUGAAAAGUAUUCCAAUGAGAAGGUGCUAACAAAUUUGAUAAACAAAUCGUUAAAUGAAAUUGCGCUGUACCCCUUCCAAGAUGUUAGCGACAACGAAGUUAUAGAUGAUGUGAAUGAGUACAUCAACGAGCUAACAAUUAAUGCUGAAUAUAAGAGGAAAAAAAUAUUCAAACAUUUAUGCGAGAUUUUUCUAAAUGAUAAUUUUUAUGUGUAUGAUAAAAAGGACAGAUACGAAUUGAAGUUCGUCAUUUUAAAAUUAUUAUUUCUGAUUGGAGAAAGCAAAACGAGUGAGGGCACACAACACAUUGACCAUCUGUAUGGUAAGUACUUUCACAAGAAAGAAGCAGAAGAAGUGGCCCCCCCGCUGAACAUAAAUGAGCAAAAUGCCCUCAAUGACAUACACAGCUUCAACCUUCAAGAGGAGACCAAAUAUCUUAAGGAGCUAUACGACACGGACGAUGAGAUUACGAGAUUGUCAUCCCUCUCUGGGGAAGGGGACAUACAAAUUGACGACCCUCAAAAGGAGGAGUCCCUACAGUAUGGCCACCCAAGCGAUGUGUACAACCAGCUAGCUAAUUAUCAGGAACAACCAAGCGGCUAUAGCGGUGCAGAUCCCAGUAGCAGCCACUUUCACGAGGCGCAGUACACCCAAUAUGUAGACAGCUAUAUGAAAAACAAAAAUGAUUUAACAUAUGAAAAUGUCGUCAAAAAGAUAUCGCAGUGUGUUUAUGAAUAUCCCCAUUAUGAAGAUCUGGGGGGUCGGUGGAGACGCCGUGAGAGGACCUCCCUCCAGAGUAGCCAAUCUGUCGGUUGCCUUGACAAUGUGUCGUCGUACGAUCAUGAGGGGGAGCAUGCGUAUAAUGUUAAUGUAGGUACGAAAGCGGGAAGACGUCACCCACAUCGCCGGAUAAGCACUCGGAGCUCUAGCACCACAUCCGAUGAGGACAUACUUGCUACUUUAAAAAUGAGGAAAAACAAAAGCAAAGGUGCUUCCCUCCCACGCAGACCAAGAGAACAGUACUUUUUUAGUAACAUAAAUCUUUUCGAUGAGGAACAUCAUGAGAGUGAAGGGAACGACGCGAGCAUUAUAUACGAGACGGAGAUCUACAAUUUGCACAACGUGUUUGUCAGUGAUACGGGCCAGGAGAGGCACGAAGAGGCACCUGGAGAAAUAAUCGGUAGGAAAGGACACCCAGGUGGAAACGCCCUGGAUGAUAAUUCAUCGGGGUGUAGGUACACACAGUGGAGGGGUCCUUCCCGUUAUGCGCACAGAUCGAAUGAGGGGGAAGCCCCACAAACGGAUGGUCUACAAAAUGAGUGCAACAUCGUCCUUGCCGAUAAGGGGAAUAUUAUAAAGGCGGGAACAGCCACUAGGGGAAGGAAAAAUAAAAGGAAAGGCACAUUCUACGUAAGCGAGAUUUUUAUCAUAAAAGAAAUUUUGAUGAUGCUGUCCCUAAAUUGCCCCAUAAAAUUUAAGGAGGACUUUUUUACGAACUUUUCCGAUUUUUUAUUUAACCACGUAAUGGACAAGAACAAAAUAAAAGAGGAUUUUUUAUUCUACAUAAAUAUAGAAAGACGUGAAAAAGGAGAGGGAAGUCCCCCACAUGCAGGCGUAACGCAAUACCGAGCAGUCAUCAGCCAAAUGAUGAAUGUCAAACAGUACCACUUAAGAAGAAGGGCGUUUAAAAAUUAUGUGAAGAAAAUAAAAAAAGUUAGUAUCAAAUUAUUUUACCUGAACAUUUUUUUUUUUUUGGUGGAAAAAUUUCGGUAUUUUUUUUUUUUUCUGCCGUACAAUUUAAGGGACAUUUUUAACCACAUUAUACACAUAAGGGAGCACCUCAGCUGUGGUGACGGGAAAAACAGUUUGUCUCUGCUCUUCGAACAGAUGAGUUUGACUGGCAGGAAGGGUAGCACCCAGGGAAGCACCCAGCACAGCACCCAGCGCAGCAGCCAUGGCAGCAGCAACGUGUACUACCCGGGCAACUUCCUCCAGUGCUUCAUUGACUCGCUAAAAUGCAUUUACUCCGAAUGGAUUUGCGUAGUCGAAAUUUUGUACAACUAUCACAUCUUGCUGGUCAUGAAGCAGUACAACAUUGCGCCCGUGAGGGACGAACAAAUUUUGGACUUCCUAAACAGGAUGGACCGAAUACGCGUGAUGGAUUACCUGCGGGUGGACCAUUUUGUGAAUUGGAAGCGCCGCAAAAGGGUGAGGCAGCCACACGGGAAGGCAUACACUCCUGGGGAGAUAACCCCAUUCGAGGAGCUCCACCUGCUUGAGGAAGCCAAAGCAGAUGCCUCCUGCCACCCACGUAGAAAUAGGUGGGAUAGUGCAAAGAGACUACUAGACGAGCAAAAAAUUGCCAGCUUCAGAUCGCUCAGCCUUAUCCACCUGCAGGUUAUAAUGAGUAAGUACCUUUACGUAUGGAACAACCUCUACGAUUAUGUAGACUUUAUGUUGUCCUACCUUCUUUACAACAUCGGUGUGGAUGAUUACACCCAUUUUAAUGCCCUAUACGAUAACGCCAAAAAGUUCUGCACUUGCUACGACAUGACGGUGCUGUACUGGAGGAACUGCCAAAUUGUAAACAACAAAUCGCUCGAAAAAAUCUUCCGCUUCCUUCUAAAUGGGCUCAAUGUGUACUACUCGAAACAUAUAAGCAAUUGGAUUAAGAAGGGAAAAAUUGACGAUGCCUUUAAUGAAUUUUUUGUGUACUCUCAGGACAGGGGGGAUGAAGGGCCAUUUGCCAAUCACAUGCUGUUUGUAAAAAAGCAGGGCGAAUUUGUCCUGUGCCCAGAGUUUUUUAACUCCUUUGUCUUUUUCUUGAUAAGCCUCGGAAAUAACAUUCGCUUGUAUAUGAAAAUAAGUCACGAGAAGGAGGUAGACUACGUCGAUUAUUACUUGAAGGGGGGCCAGGAGCCCCGCCGGAUGACGCGGCACGCGGGUGGGGAUUAUCAGGCCGGCCUCGAUGAAGUAGGCCUUGCUGACGAGUGCAGCGGGGGGUGCGACGGCGAGUACAGUGAUGAGAGUGAUGGGCAGCGUGAUUGGCAGCGUGGUUGGCAGCGUGACUGGCAGCUUGAUGAUGAGCGGGCGGACCAGAGCAACGCCGCCGCCCCGCCGCGUUAUCGCCCCAAGCGACUGCACAAAAACACCCUCAACUACUACUACAACAUCGAGAGUUUGAGGCACGCGCAGAACACCUCCCUAGACAUCAUCUCGGCCAUUUUGACGACGCGCCCAAAUGAGGAAAACCUGCUGCCCUACUUUAACAAAACCAUUUUGGCCCUAAAUGUGUCGUACGAUUUGUACAUUAAAAAGUUCCUUGAGGAAGAAUUCUUUCACCUCUUCCUUCAAAGCAAUCGCAUUUUUUUAGAUAGCCUAAUGAAAUAUUCCUACCUGUUGGAAUACUUUUGCUGUUUGCGCAGUUUGGUAUUCCUCGAAAUUGCUGAUUUUAUUGCGCCCUUUUUUGAGUUUAUUUUUAAGGAGGUAUCCAUUCCGCUUAUCGACGAGAGGAAUAUGAACACCACGUUUAGGCAGUGCGUUGUGCAGAAUGUGAAUAGUCCGACGGCUAAUGUUGACGGAUCCAAUUCCUGUGCUUCCUUUUUGCACAAGCGGUUUGUGUUGCUCCAUAUGAAUAUUCUCAUGCAGAAGAAUUCCCACCGUAAGAAAGGGAAAGGGGAAAAGAUGUUCGAAAUGAAACAGGGGGACGACCCCACGGGUGCAGAGCGAGAUGGUCUACACUGCCCUAACGGGGAAGCGCACCCUGGGGAGGAAAAACGCCAAGUUGAGAUUACCGCUGAGAAUGGAGAAGUCCCAAUAAACGUUUCGCCAUACGCCUGGAAUUGCAGCCAUCCAGGGGACCCCCCCCCAGUGGGAAAAGUACCAGCCCAGUUUGCAAAAAAAGGAACAGUGCUGAGCUACCCCUCUGGAAAAGGGCAAAGGAGUGGCAAGUACGAAGAAGCGCAGUGGAAAAUCGAACCCUCCAUCUGCAAACAGUUGACGCAAAACUUUUACAAAGAAGAAAUUAUUACGAGCAUCUUGAAGAGAUUCUACUUCACCUUAAGGGAAAACAAAAUGUAUAACAACAACAUCCGUGUUAUAAGCUACCGAAAUUUGUUAAUAGAGACAAGGGGGAGUGGGUCAUCUUUUGUAAGCUUCUUAUUUGAUUCGAAAUGUUUGGAGAAGUACUCGACAAUAUUUUCCUUCUUUCUUGAAAUAAAAAAAUCUCUGCAUGUACUAAAUUUAGUGCACAUAUUUUAUAAGUACCUGAGGACAAAGAAAUCUGAGCAGUAUGAAUGUGUGGAGGUUAUUGUCACCUCCUUGUGUCUUUUAAAAUAUAAAACGUUCUUCUUCCUCAACACGCUGUAUACCUACUACCAGUGGAUCCUGAGCUUUUCGUGGAAUCAAUUCAUUUCCACUUUGUUAAAGUCAAAGUCGUUGUACCAGAUAAAGCAUAGUCACCAGCUGUACUUAAAUUUUUUAAUCGAAACGAUGUUAGUACCUAUACGCACGAGGCAUGACGAGCUGCACAACUUUUACAUAAAUGAUGAACACAGGAAAAAUGUCUUGCUUCAGGAAUAUGAAAGCAAAAAGAUUGCUUUUAAUCCUCCCAGGGAUAAGAACGACCAGGGGGAGACGAAAAUGGAUUCUUACAAUCUGUGGGGUAGCUCCACUGUCGCAUUAGAACAGAACAGCAAUUGCCAUUCUGGGGGGCGCUUCAGCCAAGUGGCCCAUAACACAGACAAGUACAGACGUGAAAGGAAACGAAGCGAUGGCGCAGGUGCUACAGCAUGGGACAACCCCACCGCCAAUUCCCUACUUCAAGGCUCCCCCAAUAAGCAGUUCCUACUGAAUGAAUUAUUUUCCAAUAACCUUCUUAACCUGUUAUCCAUUCCUUCCCAAAUUUACGACAUCCUGCUGAAGCUGAGCAAACUCUUCAAUGUCAGCUUUGACCUAAAUUUUGACAACUCAUACGAUAUGACCUUUCAGAGCGAGCUGGAGAUGGAGGAUGACGCACAGGAUGAAGAGGACGACCCUAAUGAGGAUGACGAGGAAGAAAUAAUGAACGUAAAAAAGGGACUCAUAAAUAGGGCCAAGCACACAGUAACGGAAGGGGGAAAGAGAAUGUAUCCCAAAAACGGACAGGCAAAAAGUGAUGGGAAGAACCCCGCAGAUAGAGGCCACAUUUUAUUUUCCAUAAAGAGCUACAUAAAAAAUCUUGCAGACAUUUUUGAUAUUCACUACUUGGAGUUUGUAAUGAAAUUAAACGUCAUUUCUUUGAAUGUCGACCAGAAUAGUUUUUUUGGCCCCAAUAGGGAUUCCAGGCUCUUUAACCACAUUUUGAGGCUAGACAAGAGCGUCCUGAGGAAAGUGGCCAUUUUGCAGUGCCUGCUGUCUUUCCACUCCUUCAGCGCUGACCCCGCGGAUGCCGCGCAUAGUUAG